AUGCCAUCAGAUUUGAGACAACAUGAGAGACAAAAGAGAGCCAUUUUGACGAGUGAAGAGCAGGAAGACUUUGAGGUCGUCAGCGGUGAUGACAUCACUAUUAAAAGUUACAGAGUCGAGAGCCAUGUUACGUCACGGUUUGCUCAUACCACAGUCAGAAGUCAUGUGGUCAACACUGGGGCCAAAGCCCAGAGUAUCGGCUUCAACGUCCAGAUCCCUAAAAGAGCUUUCAUCUCUAACUUCACCAUGAACGUGAAUGGAAUUGUUUUCAAGGGCUCAGUUAAAGAAAAGACAGUAGCAAGAAACCUUUACGCACAAGCCAGAGCCAAAGGCAAAGCAGCUGGAAUUGUCAGGGCCAACUCUCAGGAUAUGGAAACUUUUAAAACAGAGGUCCAUGUGCCACCUGGAAGUAACAUUGAAUUUGAGCUUCAUUAUCAAGAAAUGAUGCAACGCAAACUGGGCAUCUACGAGCAUCAGCUGCACCUGCAGCCGGGUAGACUGGUGCCAAACUUUCAGGUGGACGUCUACAUAUUUGAACCGAAGGGAAUUUCAAAAGUAGAAACAACAGACACUCUUGGUGGUCAUUUUACAGACCUUAUCAAAGUCACUACCACUGGCGAAAAGGCUCACAUAGUCUUCAAACCCAGCCUGCAACAGCAGAGGAAGUGCAGCAACUGCACUACGAGUGCUGUAGACGGUGUUCUCAACGUUAGAUAUGAUGUGAACAGAGACAACAACGGAGAACUUCAGGUGUCAGAUGGCCACUUUGUUCAAUUCUUUGCACCAUCAAACCUCUCCCCUCUUCCAAAAAACAUUGUUUUUGUGAUUGAUGUCAGUGGUUCCAUGUGGGGGGUCAAAAUGAAGCAAACGGUUGAAGCAAUGCAAGCUAUUCUAGAUGACCUGACCAUUGAUGACCAUUUCAGUGUCAUUGACUUUAACCACAAUGUACGAUGCUGGAGUGAGGACCUAGUUCCUGGCUCAAGUAUACAGGUUGCAGAUGCCAAGAAAUAUAUCCAGGACAUCAAGCCCAAUGGAGGUACAAACAUCAAUGAAGCCUUGAUGAGGGCGGUGCAGAUUCUAGUAAGAGCCUCCAACCAGGGGCUUUUAGACCCCCGCUCUGUGUCCAUGAUCAUACUGGUGUCUGAUGGAGACCCUACAGUGGGAGAGAUAAAACUCAGUACUAUCCAGAAGAAUGUGAAACGAAUGAUGAGAGAGGAGUUUUCACUGUUUUCUUUGGGUAUUGGUUUUGAUGUGGACUAUGACUUCCUGGAGAGAAUUGCCAUGGAAAACCGAGGAACGGCACAGAGAAUCUUUGCAAAUCACAACGCUGCAGACCAACUACGAGCCUUCUACAGGCAAGUGUCUGCUCCGCUCCUGAGACGCAUCACCAUUCAGUUCCCAGAAGAUUCGGUCUCUGACAUCACCCAGAAUCAGUUUGAUAAAUUCUUCAGUGGCUCUGAGCUGGUGGUGGCAGGAAAAGUACUUCCCUCAAACACAGACACCCUGACCAGCUUCACCACUGCCUCUGCUGCUCGUCUGGAUCUCACUCUAGAGACGGAGGCAGACACUGAACUUGACGAGCGGCUAGCCAGGAUACACCACUCUUUCCCAGGUUUUGCUCGACAGUUAUGGGCUUACAUUACUAUCAAACAGCUGCUUGCCGAACGAGCUUUGGCCCCAACAGCAGCAAAAAAGCGUAAGAUCACUCAGAAGAUCCUGUCUCUGGGAGUGGAGCAUCAGUUUGUCACUCCGCUCACAGCUUUACUUGUGGAAAGUGAAGAGACAAAUGAGAGAUUUUUGGCUGAUUCCCCAAAAGAUGCCAAACAUGGCUGCUGCCCAGGUGGAGGUGUAACUCCAGUGACUUUGGUCUAUCAGCAUCCCCCCUGGGUCCAGACGAGCACUCAGCCUCCUCCCAGCCAUUUCAACAAGGGACCAGAAGUGUGGGCCUUACCUCAGCAGGUCAAUUUAGUGGAUAAUGAUCCCCACUUUAUAAUCCAUCUGCCACAACGCAAUAUGGAUGUAUGCUUCAACAUAGACUCCAAACCAGGCCAUAUCCUCAAUCUACUGUCUGACAGUGGCACAGGCGUUGUCGUGAACGUGUACUCGCAGCCCGAGGGGGUCAGCGUCACCGCCAGCACCGACAACAUCACAUUCACAGACGAAAGAAACAGCCACGUCUUUUCCUGGGACGCCACUGCAGACAUUACUCAGGAUGGUGUGAGGAUACAUAUUCAAAAGGAAUCCAAUGUGACUAUCGCCAUUAAUGGGAAUAUUCAAGUUUCAGUAUUGCUUCACCGGAUCUGGAAAAAACAUCCAGUUAAUGUCGACUUCCUUGGGAUCUACAUUCCUACAAACAACCAGUACUCGCCACUCGUCCACGGCCUCAUAGGGCAGUUUUCCAGAGAACCUGACGUAAGAGUGUAUGACAUUCAUGAAGGAUCAGACCCUCUAAAGAACGAGGCUACGAUGGAAGUGAAAGGUCACCAAAUUCCAGUUACUAGGGGCUGGCAGAAGGACUACAGGACUGAAAAGAAACGCGGCUCAAACAUCUACUGCUGGUUUGUGCACAACAGCGGGAAAGGAUUUAUCGAUGGGCACUACACGGAUUACAUCGUCCCAGAUAUGAACAGUUCUCUGCAGAUGAUUUAA